AUGGCUGUUUUAUUACUUUAUAGAGAAAUCGAUGGUGGUUUUGAAAUGCAACGCGUCAAGCUGCCGGCAGUGAUCAGUGCAGAUUUGCGGCUAAAUGAACCGCGGUAUGCAACGCUACCAAAUAUUAUGAAGGCAAAGAAAAAGCCUUUAGCAAAGAAGAAGCCGUCAGAUUAUGGUGUUGAAAUAAAGGUCACGGAACCUCCAGCUCGUAAAGCAGGUGGAUUUGUGGAGGACGUCCCAACUCUUGUCAGUAAGUUGAAAGAGAAGGGUGUCAUUGGUUGA